CGGGGCGCGGCCGGGGCGUUCCCCCGGGAAGUUGGCGCCCUCCUUCUGCGUCGGGCAGGGCCGGCGGCUGCCUUCUGGGCCGCGCGCAGGGACGAGCCCGUGCAAAGCGAAGCCCCCGGAGCUGCUCUGGCCCGGCCCGCCCCGGAGGGGCUGCUGCAACCGGCUCCGCUUCCCUGCCCGGAUCUGCUCUGCCGGGCUCGCUUCGGUCGCCCGGAGGGGAAGCGACCGGCCCGGGGACUCCCGCCCGGCUCUCCUGGACCCUGGGUUCUUGCCAUGGCUCCUUCCAAGAAGAAAACCACCCGGGGGUCCAAUAAGAACGCCCUGAAGAACAGCAAGCUGGCUGCCUUCCUCACGGAGUUCGACCACGAAGUUCAAACACGUGUGGAUCACAUGCUGAUGAACUCCGAGAGCUUUCUUAAGGAAAUCAGCGACCUUUACAACAUGGACUUCCUCCGCGUGCCUCUGGCCCUGCAGGACAUGAACUGGCUCGACUACUUUGCUCUGGGAGGAGGUGAAAGGGCCCUGGAGAAGGCAACCAUAGCAGACCCGGAAUUCCUGGAAAUCAAAGAACUGGUAUCGGCAGCAGUUCAGACGCCCAUGAAGACAGUCCGGAAAGCUAAAAAAGCCAAGCAGGAUAUCGCGACCAUUGAAGAAGAAGCAGGGCAGCCUGUCCUUCCCGCUCGGAAGAGAUCCAGACAGGGGAGUGACGCUCCUGGAGCCCUGGAGAGCCAGAAACUAGGGAAGGCAAAGACCUCCACCAAAAAGGCCCCAGGGUCAAAGAGGAGCAGGCCUCCCCUGGCCAAGUCUACACGUUUGAGCAGGAGGUCCAGCAAAGUAAAGUUUGUCACUCCAUCAGGCAGCCAGGCAGCUCGGGCUCUUGCCCUCCAGGGGGCUACCCCUCUGCUCACCCCGAAGUUUGACUCCAGCGUCUUCAAAACGCCUGGCCUCCGUGCCCCAGCACCACACGAGCGCAUCUUCAGCAUCUCCACCAAUGGCAGCCCCCUAGCAGACAGCAACGAUGUCUUCAUCACCGUCCCUGCUGGGGGAGGGGAGAGCAUCUGUUUAAGAGCCAGCGAGCUUUCCAAACGGGACCUGAUGCAGCUGAACCCAAACACCCUGGGAAGCGUGAAGAAGCUGUCGGCCCAGCUUGCGAUCCUCUGCAGCGGCAUCAAGAGUGCCCAGUGAGGCCUGGCGCUUUGGGCUGCUCCCUCCUGGAUUGUGCACAGCCUCCAAAGGACUGGACCACAGCCCUUCUGCUUCGGGCCUCCUUGGUGGGCUGGGAGGAACUGCCAAAUCCUUGGGCCAGGGCGGGAGUUGGCGGUCCACGUUGGCCCCUGGGAACAGGCGGGCCUUUAAUGUUGUCGGUCUUCCGAGUUGUGUUUAUCUUCUGAGCUGCAGGGCAGCGGGGUGGGAGGAGAUGCGCUGGCCCUCUCUGGGGCUGUGGGCUUCUCACGGGGGCAGGGGAAGCAGAAUUUUCCAGACGCUCUCAGCCAGAGCUGUUCCACUGAGGGGCACGUGCAGCACCCCAGCGGCAUAUUGAUGCAUUCGCUUCUGGGGAUGAGGAACAGACCCCCCCCCCCCAAAAUCCCUUGUCCACAAGGGCUCCGAUCCUUGUUCAUUGUUGGAUGCUGAGUCCCGUGACAGAUGCUGGUGGGCUUGCAGCCAGCCUGCUUCUUAAGCAGCCCCCCCUUUCAUUUUCUCACCGGGGGGGGGGUGUCCUCGUGUUCCUCUGUUCUCCCUUGCCAUGGGGGGGGGGAUCAGAGGGAGCGAUAGAUGCAUUAGUAUUUGAUGGGGAGGGGGUCAUCUUUUAAUGGUAGUACCUUAGUUACAGAGUUGUGCCUGAUGGCUGGUGACUGAAUAAAUGUUCUUACUGUUACACGGAA